CCCGCGAAUCACCCCGCCUUGUUUAUUCUUACUCAACCUCACCACCAAAAAGAUCUGCAUCUUGGAAGAGGAACGCGCGAGUCGUGUAACACAUUACAGACCUCAUCUACUGUAACGAAAAGUGCAAACCAUGUUGUCCCGGUGUGCAUCUCUGUUUCGUGGUUUCCGCGCUGCUCCUGCUGUUAGAACUUCAUUGCGGUACUACAGCGUUGCACGUCCCGAUGCAGAGUCUAGAAUUCUUAAGGUCGUUUCCUCUUUUGACAAAGUCAAGAAUGCCGGUGUUCAGGUGACACCCAACUCCACAUUUUCGAAAGACUUGGGGCUCGACUCGCUGGACAGUGUAGAAGUUGUCAUGGCUAUUGAAGAAGAGUUUAGUCUUCAAAUUCCGGACAAUGACGCCGAUGAGAUUAAGUCCGUCAGCGACGCCAUUAAAUACAUUUCCAACGCUAAAGAUGCCAAGUAAUUCAAUUGUUAUUUUUAUAUUCUUCAGAGUACAAUAAC